UAAGGAAGCGAAGAAGAGGAAGGAAUGGCGGGAAUCGCAGCUACCGCGCAAUUGCAGGAUGCCGUCGACGCCAUUUUGGGAGAGUUUCUUCCACUCGAGCUAACUGGCGGUUGCGAGUGGAACUACGAAAUUCAAUCGAAGUUCUAUUUAAAUUUAUUUUUAGAGAGAAAGGGAGCUCUGGAAUGACUAUUAUACCCUUGUGCCAACUCCUGAGUCCUGAAUCCUGAUCUCAAACCCUCGAGUGUUUCAGCAGCUGGUACUACUUAGAAUUUGCUGAAUUGGUUGGAUCUGAUUGAGUAUCCUCCUAGAGUCUUCUUCUUUCUUCGUUUCAUUUCGUGGAUUGAGUUGGCAGAAUGGGGCGAUCAUCCUCCACUGUGAAGGAGACGCAGGCGCUCUUCCAAUCCCUUCGCUCUGCUUACGCCGCGACUCCGAAUAACCUCAAGAUCAUCGAUCUUUAUGUGGGUUUUGCCGUUCUCACCGCCGUAAUUCAGGUAGUUUACAUGGCGGUUGUGGGAUCAUUUCCUUUCAAUUCUUUCCUAUCGGGGGUGCUCUCUUGCAUAGGCACUGCAGUCCUUGCUGUUUGUCUACGCAUCCAAGUGAACAAGGACAACAAGGAGUUUAAGGAUGUGGCACCUGAGCGUGCUUUUGCCGAUUUUAUUCUCUGCAACUUGGUGCUUCAUUUGGUGAUCAUGAACUUCCUGGGCUGAAGUGAGGAACCCGUAAUUUCCUGGCUUCUACUUCCGAAAAAUGGAUGCAGCAUGUUAUUGAAAACUGGUAGUCAAGAUAGGAAAUUUUCCAUAGUAGUACUAAGGUCUUGAGAAUAUGAACCAAUGAGCACAUUUCGGUUCCCUGUGAUGAGAUUAAUGGAACAUGGAGUUUAUGUGAACGGGCCAAGCGCCUGAUGCUCGUACGAAUAUUAUUGACAUGGUUGCUAGUUUCUACCAUACUAUAUGAGUUAUAGUUUGUUGAUCUUGAAAAA